UAUUUGACUAAAGUCAGUUUCAGUGAUCGUUAUUUGUCGUUUACAAAAAGCAUUUAUUUUAUUUUGGCUAUUUAACUUGUGGUUUUCGUUGUUUUUAUUCGUUUCAUGUAGCAUUUUUCAAAAUGGAUGGUGUAAGUUUAGAGAAAUUCGAACAAGAAUUGUUAAAAAAGCAGAAGCUGUAUCUGUCGCUUAUACAACCUGUAAUACAAGAAUUGGUGGACGAACAUAAUGAGUUUAUGAAAAAUUUGGAAGCAUGUGAACCACCACAAACAGAGGAUGUUUCUACCGUAGGGAGACCAAGAAGAAAUGCUGCCAAAAGUGCUUCAAAUAAAAUUUCCACUCAAGCACAUCUAAAAAUUACGAAACUUAGAAGACCUGAUGAUAAAGAUGUAACGGGUAAUAUUUAUGACCUACCUGAUAAUAAAACAUCAAUUUUAGAAAGUUGUUCUAAUAUCACACAGGAUAUUUCAGUUCAAAUUUUAAAUAAUGAAAGACCAGAGAAUUCUGAGAAUCCUGCCAUUUCAUCUGAUGAAGAUGAAGAGGCUAUGCGUGCUCCUGCAAUAAAAAAAAGAGGUAGGAAAAAAAUUCGAAAAAUUAAAGCUGAAAAAUUAUCAGUGGCUAUAAGUAUUAAAGAAGAAGUUGAAGAGGAUGCUCAAACAAAUGAACAAACACAUGUAAUAGAAAAUAUUGUCAAUGAAACUCUUACCAUAAAUGAUCAUCAAGAAAUAAAUGAGGAUAAAGAAUUACCCAAAAACGAUUCUGGUUUAUCUGUUUAUCAAGACGCUGUUACUACUCAAGUUAUUGCAGCAGAAUCAAGUCCAAAUGAAUUAAUUAAUUUAUCACCUCCCUUGGAAGAUAUAAAAGUUCAAAAGCAUAUAAAAGAUGAUAAAAAAUUAUCUGACAAGGUGGAAGUUGUAAUAAAUAGAGAUCCUUCUCUUGAACUUCCAAAAGAGAAUUUGCCAAACAACUCUGCACCAAUACAAAGCAAUGAAGAACCAAAAGAAAUUAAUGCAAAUGCUACAUUUAUGAUUACUCCAAAUCUUGAUAUUCCCAUAGUUAUAAAGCAAGAACUAAAAACUCCUGAAAGACAGUUCAUUCCUGUUAUGGAUCAAACAAUUGUUAUGGAGAAUUUACUAACACCUGCAACCACAGUAAAACCACAUCCUUCAAGAGAAUCUCCAUUGAUUACGGAUGAUGAAUCCAUCUCGGGAACUUCUCCCCUGGAAACAGUUGCAGUAAACGCUCCUGAGCCCAGGUCGCAAGUGAAAUCAAGAGUCCAUGCUUUGGAGAAAGUUAUUGCCUCUGAACAAAAAAUGCCCUCGGCUAGGGUUACUCGGACCAAAACCCGCAUGAAUAAGGAAAAUUACAGCUACAUUCAAAUAUGGAUCUACUCUCUCUGCAAAGAAAUUCAUUCAUCAAAAAAUACGACUCCACAAAUCGUUAAGAAUACCAAGCUCGUAUUGCAGUCCACACAAAAGUCGAAGUCACCUGCCAAAGAUGAUUCUUUGAAGAAGCAGGCUAGGGAAGAGGAAGCUUUGAAGAAAAAGGAGCAGAUGCUCCUAGAAAAACAGGAAGAGCGGAAACGCAAACGUCUAGAGAAGGAAAGAUUAGCUCAACAAUCAAGAGAACAACAAGAGAGAGAAAAACAAGAAAAAAUUGCGAAAGAAAAGGAAAGGAAACAAAAAUUGAUACAAGAGAGAGAAGAAAAGGCCAAGGAAGAAAUGCGAUUGAAAAAAUUGCAAGCGCAGCAAAGGGCGCAGGAAGCUGAAAUGCGAAGAAAAGCAGAAGAGGCAGCAAGGCUUGAAAAAUUGAAACAGAUACAGGAAGAACAGAGAAAUUAG